GCCUAGGGUUUAUAAGCGACGCGUUUUCUAACGUCAAACAUUUUUCAGAUUCUGAAAACACUGUCCCGUCGUCACCAUGCCGCAAGGAGACUACAUAGAACGUCACAGAAGAGACUAUGGCUACCGUCUCGAUCACUUCGAGCGUAAGCGCAAGAAAGAGGCGCGUCAAGUUCACAAGCGCUCUGCAAUGGCCCAAAAGGCUCUGGGUAUCAAGGGAAAAAUGAUUGCCAAGAAAAAUUACGCUGAAAAGGCUCAGAUGAAGAAGACUUUGGCUAUGCAUGAAGAGUCAACAUCUAGGCGCAAGACUGAUGAUAAUGUCCAGGAUGGAGCUGUCCCCGCGUAUCUUCUGGAUCGUGAUAACACGACCAGGGCAAAGGUUCUUAGCAACACAAUUAAGCAAAAGAGGAAAGAGAAGGCUGGCAAAUGGGAUGUUCCUCUACCUAAGGUACGUCCCGUGGCUGAAGAUGAGAUGUUCAAAGUGGUCCGGACUGGUAAAAGAAAGACCAAGCAGUGGAAGAGGAUGGUUACAAAAGCUACGUUUGUUGGACCUGGUUUUACCAGAAAGCCUCCAAAGUACGAGCGAUUCAUUCGUCCUACAGGACUGCGGUUCACUAAAGCUCAUGUCACCCAUCCAGAACUUAAAUGCACGUUCAAUCUAGAAAUAAUUGGAGUUAAGAAAAACCCCAAUGGCCCUAUGUACACUUCUCUUGGUGUCAUGACCAAGGGAACUAUAAUUGAGGUGAAUGUUAGUGAACUUGGUCUUGUCACACCAGCUGGGAAAGUUGUGUGGGGUAAAUAUGCUCAGGUGACAAAUAACCCAGAAAAUGAUGGUUGUAUAAAUGCUGUCUUGCUUGUUUAAGGCCAUAGCAAGGAACAUUGUUCCAACUAGAUUUCAAAGGUAGUGGUCAACACUCUCUCCUAUGAAUUUUUUGGUCGCCAACCCCAAUCUUAAAAGUAAUGUCUGAGAAAAUUAUGAAGUAUUUUUGUUUUCUGAGUGUAAUACUAGCAGGAAGUUUCUAUAAUUCAUCUUGUUUGGAUAGCCGCAUGCAAUGAUCUAAUCUAGCGCAUGAUGUUUAAGGUUAACUAAUCAUUGUUCAAGAGUUAGAAAAAGAAGUCACAUAAAUUUGUAUA